UGCAGUGGCAGCAAAAAAUGAAAAGGAGUCGGAACUGAUAUCUCUUCUAUUACCUUUAUUUGUCAUAUAUUAUCCUGCGCUUAUGUGUUUUGAAUGCCACAAUCGUGCGGAAGCUGUGUGGAGGCACCCAGUGGCAUGACUGGACUCCUGUGCGCGCGUUUUGAUGAAGUAGUGCGCCGACUGUGUUGGGCACACAGCACCGGCCGAGUGUAGACUGUGUGGGUGAAGGCAGAGCGGUCCUGCCCCCUUCAAUGAUCAACCUUCAGCGCAAGCGAUAAAAGCUUCGCUGGCGACACCGCGACCAUGGAAGGUUACCAUGAGUAUCCUUAAGUAGUUUUACUGCUGAGCCCUUAGCCCGUAGUAUAACAGUUUCAACAUGCCCGACCGGCGGUGCUCCAUGCGGCUCUCAGUGGCCUGAUAUUAACGUUACAGGCCUGCUUUUUCCAUCUGGAAAUUUCUUGGCAGGGGAAAGCAGGCCGGCUAGCAUCGCUAGCGUUUGCCGUUUCCGCGCUGCAUCCCUAGGCUUUUUACGGUGCAGACUUUUCCAUGACAACACCAUUGACAUUGUUGUCAAUUCGAGGACUUUUUAACUCCAAAAAGUAUUUUAUGGGAUUCAUAUCGGCGAAUGAGAAGCGAGCCUAAGCCAAAAUGGUGAACUGGAGGCGGCUGCUGCGAAUGUCCAACCGAUCGUUUCUGGCCUUCAUAUUCUUCUUCUCCAUGUCCACCACUUGUCUCUACUUCAUUUAUGUGGCUCCGGGAAUAGCCAACACAUACUUCUUCAUGGUGCAAGCCCAGGGCAUCAUGUUAAGGGACAAUGUGAGGACCAUCGGCCAGAUGAUUCGAUUGUACACCAACAAGAACAGUACACUCAACGGGACGGAGGGCCUUAUGGAAGUGAACAUGACUGAGAUCCCCAUGGAGGAGAUAGAACUGAAGUCCUCCAAGUUUUUUGACAUUGAGUUUGGAGGCCACUGGAAACCAAAGGACUGCAGACCUCGCUGGAAGGUGGCCAUCCUGAUUCCAUUUAGAAACCGCCAUGAACAUCUCCCCAUCCUCUUCCAACAUCUCAUCCCCAUGCUGCAGAGACAGCGGCUGCAGUUUGCCUUCUACGUCAUAGAGCAGAGUGGGAGCCAGCCCUUCAACAGAGCCAUGCUGUUUAACGUGGGAUUCCUGGAGGCCAUGAAGGACUUGGACUGGGACUGCUUGAUCUUCCAUGAUGUCGACCACAUCCCCGAAAACGACCGAAACUACUACGGCUGCGGUCAGAUGCCACGCCACUUCGCUGCCAAGCUGGACAAAUACAUGUACAUUCUUCCAUACAGCGAGUUCUUUGGUGGUGUGAGUGGACUCACUGUGGAGCAGUUUCGCAAGAUUAAUGGCUUUCCCAAUGCAUUCUGGGGUUGGGGAGGAGAGGAUGACGACUUGUGGAACAGGGUUCACUAUGCUGGUCUGAAUGUGACACGACCAGAGGGAGAGAUCGGCAAGUACAAGUCUAUUCCUCACCACCACAGAGGAGAGGUUCAGUUCCUCGGGAGGUAUAAACUGCUGAGGUAUUCCAAAGAGCGGCAACACCUGGACGGCCUCAACAACCUCCAUUACAGCCCCCACUUCUCCCUCAGCAGCCUCUACAAGAACAUCACGGUGGACCUGGACCCUGAGCUCGCCCCCAUCUCAGACUACUGAAGUGCCCCACCACACCUCAGCUCCCUCAGCUCCCCUCCGGCCUGGCCUGUUCAGCCAUGAGGCAGAGCGUGGAGCCGAGGAGAGGAGGGGCGCAGGCCGGGUGGCACAAUAUAAUGCUGUCAAGAAAUGUUAGUGAGGGGGGGGGGGAAAUCCAAACUGAAAAAAAUGAAGAGGCAGUGGUGUGUGUGUGUGUGUGUGUGUGUGUGUGUGUGUGUGUGUGUGUGUGUGUGUGUGUGUGUGUGUGUGUGUGUGUGUGUGUGUGUGUGUGUGUGUGUGUGUGUGUGUGUGUGUGUGUGUGUGUGUGUGUGGUCUUUUUGUCCGUGCCGGCUUCUCUACUACGAGUGGACAUGAGUUGGUUUAGGUUGGAGGGAGCAGCAGCAUCUCAGCUUGGAUGUUUACUGCAAAGCCUUACUGUGGCAGAACCACAGCUCCCUCUGCGUGGCUCCGCACUGCUUCACUUCUCAUGUAUCACCGUCACCUUACAAGCCAACAGACAAGUUCUUGUCUCACUUUUUACUAUAAUUUGUUUUCUACAUAUCAUUUUGUUCGGCCGCAGUAUUCCUUUGAAGGAGGGUUCUGAGCGAGAUUGACAUUAAUGUUUGUGAUGUAAAAAAAUUUAUUUUGAUACGUGGUAUUUAUUUUCUCUGAUUCAGGAUGUUUGAAGAAGAACUCCUGUCUGUGUCACUCAAGUGUUUGUUUUGCUGCACUGCUGCUGAAUCCGCAUGAACAUGUAUGUAAAUAUCGGCCUCUUAAAGCUCGAACACAGAACACAAAUAUGUAAAUAUGGGCUUUUAAAUGCUCGGGCAUAUUACAGUGAUAUUCCAGUGGGUUUGAAUUUUAUUUUGGCAGCUACCUUUGUUCUAAGGAUUUAAUAAGAGUGAGUGGUUUCUUCCUAACAGGAAGAUCUUCUAAUAAUAUAGGAUGUUUGGCUUAAAAAAACAGAAGUAUCCAAAUGUUAAGAUUUGACCUUAUACCUUUUGCAUGCCUUAAUUUAUUUUGUUUACCAGAUUUUGUUCUUUUCAAACAUAAAUGAUCAGUUAGAGAUGUGUAUAUUCUUAAUUUUGUUGUGCUUUUUUUCCUUUGAGGUGCACUGUGUGAAAAGAGUAGAGCUGCUCCUCCUCCGUGACAUUGUACAGAGAGGGUCGAUCAUACAGCACGAGUGUGUACUCGUGUACCUAACCCUGUGUCGCUCAACAUGCUUUACGGCAGGUUCCUGGUUUCAUGAGAGAGUGUAUAUUUUUUUGUCUCAGAUGUGUUUGUAUUUUUAUUAUUUUUAUUCUAAUGAUUUAGUGCUGGACCAUGUGAUAAAGCUCUUCAUUGUACUGUAACAUGCUGAAGCAUGGGGGAUGCUGUGUGUCUGACAGCUGUCAGGCAGUCAGAAGGGCCAGAAUGAGAGAACCUCAGUCAGCUCCUCCGCUGAACCUACUGCUGUUCUUGAGUGGCACAUGCUGUGAAAAGUUAACUCCCUUAAAGCUUUGAGCACUAUGAAGAUGCACAGAAAGGUGUCGGCAGAUUAUUUUUGACCAGAUGUUCACUGUUAAGAUUCUCCUCUACAUCUCUAGGUUUUCACUGAUUUUGUCCUGAGGGGUUAAAUCACAACUCUGGCCAUUUUUGACCCAAACCUUCUUUCCUGUCUAUCGGAGUAUUUGAGCUUGUUACUUGCUUCAUGAUGCCUCCCUCCCUAUGGCAGCAGGUCUUUGUCCAAGCUCUGGUCCUGUAUCUCACUGAGACUCAUUUAGAGCUGUGGUGACCAAAGACGUGUAAGAACUUCAGCUGUGACUGCUGCAGAGCCCCGCCCACACAUUCAGCUUGUGUGCUGUAUAAAUCUGUGAUGUCAUUUCUAUGUAGUAGAAAUGUUGAGAAACAAGCUCACCAUGUAAUACCUGCUCUGGAGCUUUUGACCAUAUCACAUGAUCUUCAUCACCAUGUGGAGUUUGCCCUGUUGUCAUGAAUGGAUAGAUGGUCAGCUGUGCAAACUGGCUGCCGAUGAAGAUCAUGUGAAAUUAUUGAAAGCCCCAGGAGCUACUUAAUUGUGUGUGUGUGUGUGUGUGUUAGAGAUUAAAUCAUUAGUUGAUGUGAAGGAAAUUAAUCUGAACCAAUGAGUUGUUUAAGUCACCUUCUCAAAUGUGGAUAUUUUUAUGAUGAUUGAUUAUCUUUGGGGUUUUGGACCAUUGAUUAGACAAAACAAGCAAAUUGAAGAUGUCACAUUGGAAAAUGUAGUUGCAGUCCAACCAGUGAAUUGAUUGAUGGAGCAAAUAAUCAGGAGAUUAGCAUAAUUAGCAUAACAUGCUGACGGGCCUCCACAUGAUGUGAUCCAGGCCCACUGACAGAUGGCCUCACAGUGUUAGGCUGUCGAUACAACUUAGGCUUCUUUCUCCCUGUGUAAGAAGACGUGAUGUGUUUCACUCAGAAGCAAAGUGUUAGUGUGGCACCACCUUGCAGUCUUACUUCAAUGACUGCUGUUCAGUGUUGAAGUCACUUUGUCUGCUCUUCAUAUUUCGAGGUGCACACGUUCAGAAGAGCAGGUGCUGACAUUUGGUUGACAAUAGAUUGAUGAGUAAGAUGAAGGAAAGCCGGUUUCAGGUAUGAAAUGGCCAGAGUAAUGUUUUUCACUUAUUUUCUAUAGUUUUCAAGCAUUACUGAGGACUUUGUGGGUUUAGCAGAUUAUUCUGUGCUUUGCCUUCCUUAGCUAAAUACCACACUCUUGCAUUAGAGAAGAAAUAGGCCCUGUUAAAAUCUGUGGCAGGAAGAUUGAGUAUUAUUGAGAAUGCAUCAUAUUCAUGCCUGUUGGUGAUCAGCUGGUUAGGACGUACGCAGUAUACGUCUCCAUCACAGUAAGCAUCCCAACCUACGGAUAUCCAACAGGUUUCUGUGUGUUUAACUCGUCACGAUGAGUCCAUGUGAGCAUGUAGCUCGACAUCACGCUACAUUCCAACAUUCUCAUGGAUCUCGUUGCAUGGCCAAAACUCUGGUCCAGUUGACAAGUUCUGAACUGGAAAUAAUUUCUGGCAGAUGAGUUUUCUGAAAAGUGUUUGUGUCAGACAAACCAUCCCUGCAGCCCUUCAUCACGUGACUCUGAAAUCUAAAAGUAUGUAUUCUGUUCAGGUGCUGUGUUCACCAUAAGACAACUGUAUUCCAUUUUGCAGUAUUUAUUUGUGCCUUGAGUUCUUUUUCUUUCUUUUUCACUUUAUAUUAUAACUGAAGAGAUUACAAAUGGUGUUGUCUCCUUCAUAUUAAUCAUAUCAAGUCAGACUGAGUGUGAAAAGAUGUGGUGAUGUUCAUGGUGUAGUAAUCCACUGUGACUGCCGGUGGCUCAUGUUCAUAUCACUCGUAUGCACUGAGACGGAGCUGCAGGGUUCAUCUCCUUUCCUAACAAAUUCAUACAAACCAAACGUCCUUGUCCUCCAGAAGAAUGUCAACGUGUCCUUCUAUCAUCAACAAAAGCUGUGAGGCCAUCCACCAACUGCACCGGAAACCUUUUCUAGCCUUCAAUCUGCAUGGCCUAGCCUACAAAUGCAUAUGUGGACAAAAUGAUGUGAUUUCCAUCUAGUUUCCAUGUGCAUGAUGACAGAGCAAGUAUACAGCGGCUUUGCUUUUGUGCACAGCGCUGCAGGCAGCAGUUACUGAACAGCAUGAUGUUGUCAUGUGUCCAUGUUGGUGAUUCCUCUGCUCAAUAAUCUGGGUUGAGCCAAUGUUUCCAUUACUUUCAUUAGUAUGGCAUUGUAUUAAAAUGUUUUUUCUUUGACUCUCAAACAUGUUAAUAAUUAGAACCUCCAUGUAUACCGGCCACGUCACUCAUUUAUGCAUACUGGCAUGUUGUCGCCGCACAAUACAUGUCUGGCUCACAAUCGUCAAGGAAUCUCUAUAUAAAAUAUCUAUCACCAAGGUGUACACUGGGAAUUCUCCACACCUGUGGCCUCCGUCUGCAAAAUGGGGAUUGCUUCUAACAUAAUGAUGAGUAGAGCCGAUAAUCACCUGAUGUCGGGUUCCUGCCGAUGGUAUCGCUGUAUGUGGCAGCCACCAAAUACACAAGGAAAUAUCUCGCAGGAAUAUCAGAUAAAUGUUGGAAGGAAAUGGCAAAACAUUGCAGCACAAGGUCCAGAAGGAGCAGUUCUGGAGCAGUCUUUCUUUCUCUACUUUAAAAUACUAAAUGUUCAAAACUCAAUUUUAAACAUUUAGAUGUCAUGGCAACAUCUCUUGGGGAAGAUCAUGUGAAAGGUCCAGAACAGCUCCCAAUGGACCUUUUGGUGAGAAUCCAGGAAUGAUUUUCCCAAAUUGUCCACCAGAGUGCUGACGGGUUUUUAACUGUUAACACUCGCUACAUAUUUUGGUCACAAAAAAAAACACAUUUAAGGAUCCUUAUCCAUAAUGUUGAUGUAAAAUUAAUAUUGGUCCAUAUAAGUUUUUGUAACCAUCCAAUAUAGAUAUCAGUAUCUGCCGCCAGUAUUAGUCUGGCUCUAAGUAACUGAACUAAUAUCCGCUGAUGAAGACCCUGAGAUGUGGCUGAAAGCCCCAGAACAUGUCCAGCAGUCGACCUUGUACUAAGAAUUCAGAUUUUUGUUGCCGCUUUGUCUAUAUUGAACCCUCCAGAUCAAUUAUAUGGUUGAAGGACACAGCCGACAUAUUAUCAGUUUUAUUUUAAGGCUAUCGGUAUCCUGUCCCGAGGGCUUUAUACAAACCACAAUAAGGACGGAAACUAUAUAACACCCCCCCCCCAUCACUCCCAUCCCAUGAUGUGGGAGAUGGAACAUAUUGAUCCUCUGUAUGUCCUCAUCGUCUGAUCAACAACGUCUUUGUUUCCACAUGAAACAGAGUUCCACGGUGAUCUUGUUAACAUGAUAAUGUAGCACCCCACACACACACACACACACACACACUCCACUUCUUUACAUGGUGAAGUUAGCUCCAUUGUCAGAUUUCUGCAGUCUUUGGUAACAGACGGUAUACAAAUAGUUUGAGUCUGGUGUUGAGUUGUUACUUUGUAAAGUUUUUUUCUUUGUCAACAGAAGACAAAAUAAACACUUCAUUGCCAUAUUCUGGAACAGA